AUGGCAGGCCUACCGCCGCUGGAUGCGACGUCCGUGAUCGCGACCGCCAAGACCUUGAUCAUCUCCAGCAACUACCUCCAGGUCGACAGCGCGCGUGCAACGGUACCCUACAUGCCUGUCGUCUCGGCUCAUCCGCCCUGUACAGGCUUUUCGACGCUGGAGCAGUAUGCACAAGACACGUCCUCGAUCGGGCUCUGGCUCGCGUUCGCCGAGCUCGAGAUGGAGUUGCGGCAGUUCAAGCAAGCGACCAAGGUCUUUGAACUCGCCGUGACCAAGUGGCCCGGCAGCUUUGACCUGUGGAAGCGGUAUAUUGGCUUUUGCCUCGAGCGCGAAAAGUUUAGCAACGCCAAGAAGCUCGUGCUCCGCGCCCUCGAUACGAUCCACGGGGAGGCCGAGCAAGCGGCCUUGUGGGGCCUCCUCGAAGCCUGCACCGCGACGCAAGGCGACGUGGCGGCGCUUCGCAGCCAGCGCAUCGCCGACACCGCAUCGGCGUCUGCGCCUGCGCCUACUGCGCCCACGACUGCUGCCGCGCCGACCGCGCCCGUGGUUGCGACAACGGCCGCCGAGCCCGAGAUUGUCGUCCAAGUCGACGCCGCCAAGCCAACGACGCCGGCCGUGCCGCACUUUAAAGACAUUCCGAUGGCGCUGCCCGUGAUUCCCGACUGCAAGUACCUUCUCUUCGACCCUGUCGACUUGGCCGUCACCGUGCCCACGCCCGUGCUGCAGAUGCUGUCCGAGCUCCUUCGCGACAACAACGAACAUAUCUUUAGCACGGUCUUCGACAUGGCGACAGCGCAGCGCAAGCAAGACGUGGCGACCUUGUACCGCUGGCAGGAUCUGAUUUGCAUGCAAAUGAAAGAAGGCGCCGACUUGUUUCAGCGCCACCACGCCGAGAACGAAAAGGGUGAUGCUGCGUCGCGCGAUGCCUUUUUUGCACAGCAGCGUCUCGAGUUUACCAAGCGCUGCACGAUGGCGCAAAAGCAGUUUGUCGACAUUCAAGGCAUGACGCGCAAGACGAUGCUGUCGACGCAGCAGCGCGCGCUCCAAGAGCUUCGCAUUCCGCUCAUGGUCGUCACGACCGACCACGAUAUGAUUGCGCAGCAGCGCAAAAUGACGCACUUGAUUCUCGAAGCGGAAGCCGUGUGGCGCACGCAGCACCCGCGGGCGACACCGACACCGGCACCGACGCCCAAGCCGACGCCAGCACCGUCGAGCUACGACCGCUACUCGCGCGAAUCGUCGUCGAGCAGGCCCGACGAGUCGCGCUUCCAUCGGCAGCCCGAAGAGUCGCGGUUUCAUCCGCGCCGCGCCGACCCGCCGCCCAUGCGUGCGCCGCACCCGUCGACGUACAACAAGCCAGUGCACCACGCGCCUCGGUCCAACGACUAUGCGCGCCAUGACGCACCGCGCCACGACCCGUACGCGCGUGCCCCGGACGUGCCCCGCCAAGAGCCGGCGUAUGGUCGGUCGGAUGCGUAUGGUCGUCACGACGUGCCCCGGUACAGCAACACCACCAACGAGUACCCGCCGCGGCAGGAAAUGUCGCGUCCCGAGUAUGGACCCUCGGCAUGCUCAUCCUGA